CACUCACACACACACACACACACACACACCACCACCGAAAUUCCUCUUUCCCAAUUCCAAAAUUAGGGUUUAACAUUUCAUACCAGAAAAUGUCAUCAACAACAACAACGGCGACACCAAGUACUAAACCAACAACUACUACUGAAAAGAAGAAACCAGUUUUCGUGAAAGCAGAAACCUUAAAACCAGGUACACAUGGACAUAACUUGACUGUUAAGGUUGUUGAAUCUAACACCGUUAAAUCCACCGGAGGCGGCGGUGGUAGCCGAGGUGGUGGUGGUAGAUCAUCGGCGGCGCGUGGUCCGGCGCGUCUAUCUGAGUGUCUUGUUGGUGAUGAAACUGGGUCUAUCCUCUUCACCGCACGUAAUGAACAAGUUGAUAUGAUGAAGCCUGGGGCGACUGUCAUUCUGCGAAAUGCAAAGAUAGACAUGUUCAAGGGUUCCAUGCGACUUGCAGUAGACAAAUGGGGUCGUGUUGAGGUUACUGAACCUGCUGAUUUUGAUGUUAACCAGGAGAACAACCUCUCUUUGGUCGAGUAUGAACUGGUGAACAUAGAAGAGUAGACGGGCUCAUGGGAAAUGAUAGUUUGAAGUUACAGUUGAAUUCUUAUUCCUAAUGUGACUUAUUAUUAUGGAUCUCUGGAAUAUCAUUGGAUUAAUGAGCGAAGAUGCCCAUAUUUUUUAGCUCAUGAUCCAAUGCCAUCAACAUCAUAUGAUGGUGUUGCUUUGAACACUUGGUCGGUUAACUAGUUAUAGCGUGGGUUUUUAACUUUUCAGUCAUUUCCCGUGUUGUAAGAGGUGAAAACCAGUUCCUAAGAAUGAGUAUUGAUGCUUUGUAUUUCCAACUCUCUGAAACACAUAACUGAUGCUAUCCAAGCACACAUGUAAAAGAAGCUGACUGUUUUGUAUCAAACAUCGUUUCAUGUUUAGUUGGUUCUUGA